AUGGCAGUAAAGACCGACAUCAGCAAAGCGUACGAUCGCCUCGAGUGGUCUUUCAUCAAGCGGGUACUGGAAAGGAUGGGUUUCUGCGAGGUCUGGAUCAGUUGGGUUAUGCAAUGUAUCACAACGGUAUCUUACUCCUUUCUCGUAGACAGCACAGCAGUUGGGACCGUCACCCCACAGCGAGGAAUACGCCAAGGGGACCCGCUUUCCCCAUAUAUCUUCAUCCUAUGUGGGGAAGUGCUGUCUGGCCUCUGCAAAAAAGCACAACAGGAAGGCACGCUAGCAGGAAUCAGAGUCUCAAACCACAGCCCAAGGAUUAAUCAUCUACUGUUUGCAGAUGAUACAAUGUUUUUCACUAAAUCUAAUCCCCUAUGCUGUGCUACUCUACUUCAAAUUCUACAAGACUAUGAGUAUGCCUCAGGACAGAAGAUCAAUUCUGCUAAAUCGUCAAUCUCUUUCUCAUCAAAAACUCCCCAGGAGGUGCGCUCAAUGGUUAAACUGCAACUAGGAAUAGACAAAGAGGGAGGGGUGGGGAAGUACUUGGGCUUACCAGAACAUUUUGGAAGAAAAAAAAGGACUUGCUUCAGAGACGUGGAGCUAUUCAACAUCGCUCUACUAGGGAAGAUAGCUUGGAGGAUUCUUACUAAACCACACUGUCUACUCUCUCGUAUUCUCCUAGGGAAAUACUGUCACAGUAAAUCUUUCCUAUCAGUUCCAUCUCAAGGGGGUUCCUCCCAUGGCUGGAAGGGAAUCAUAGCGGGGAGAGACCUUCUAAUCAGCCACCUAGGGAAAUCUAUUGGGGACGGGGAGAGUACUAAGGUUUGGAAGGACUCUUGGAUUGAUAAUGGCAGCAACACCCGUCCAUUUGGACCAUCUACACUACAAGACCAAGAUCUCUUAGUGGCUGACCUCCUAUCUAGAGAGACACGGGAAUGGAAUGUCGCGAAGAUAAAUAAAACCUUACCGGAACUUGCAGAGCGCAUCCUUCAAAUAAGGCCGAGCCGUCUGGGGACACACGACACCUACAUAUGGAACCUCAAAUCGUCGGGGGAGUACACGACGAAAACAUGGUACAUGGCACUGACACAAAACAUCGCUGAAGUCUCGUCUCCUUCAACAACAAACAGUAUCGACUGGAGAAAGAACCGGCUACUCUUCGAGAAAAGGAUUUCGACGCCGGAGGAAGCGCUAAUCAAAGCCAUCAAAGCAGCACGAGAAUGGGAAGCAGCACAACUCGCUCCCCAAAAGGCCCUGAAGCUGAAUCUUAGAUCAACACCGGAGAAAAAGCUACCACCAAACACAAUCACAUGUAAUACCGACACGGCCUGGAUCGCUUCAUCAACUAAGGCGGGCUUUGGCUGGAUUUUCUUCGACUCGUCUGAUAUGGAGAUCAACAGAGGCUCAUCUAACCAACUUCACGUCUCGUCUGCAUGUAUGGCCGAGGCUUUAGCUGUUAGAGAAGCCCUUCUCCACGCGUCCUCCCUCGGUUUCACCAAAAUCUGGCUUAGAUCAGAUUCACAAGUGAUCAUGAGAGCAAUCAACCAGAAACGGGGACCUACAGAGCUCUUUGGAGUACUGUCGGAUAUCGUUUCUCUAUCUUCAUCUUUUCAAUUAUGUUGUUUCUCGUUUCUUCCUAGAGAUCUUAAUGGGUUAGCGAACUCAAUUGAUAAAGCCCAGCUUUGUGCUUGA